GGCAGCAACGACAGAGCAUCAAGAUCGCCGCGUUCGGAUGAUCAGCGCGAGAUCAGCGACAUGCCGGCCACCAAGAGAUCGCGCUCCGACUCUGCGUCUUGUUUUCUUUUUUUUAUUUUUCUCUUUUUUAUCACUCUGAGCAAUGUAAAAUGUGUGUGACCCUUCUUCAAGUCAAUUACCACGCCCCCAACUCAUGGAAAUCGAAUCGAAAACUGAAAACCGAAUACGAAUACGAAAACCGCACCUAAGGUCGCUUAUAAUUUCUAAUUUUUUAAUGAAAACUAUACACACUUUUUGCCAGAGCUGAGCACACGCACAGGCGGCGGACUCCCCAUCGUGCUGUGUGCCCAGUUCGAUAAUACCCGAGAUAACAGAGCCGACGACCAACAAUCGGAUGUGUCGGUGGAUGUCCUAUUUCGUCCUAUUUACGUAUUAUAUCUACACUGCAUCACAUCUACACAUACACACUAUGUCUUCCACCAAUUGCCUAUUGAUAAGCGUAUAUGUUUUAAUUUGACGGGAGCUUUCUCUUUUUAUUCUUGCAUUUUCCAGCCUCUCUUUAUAAAAAGCCAAAAACACUGACAAAAACCCAAGACCUAAGACCUCCUGCCUAGACGGUAGAAUCGUAGCAACUAUCUGACCCUCCUCGUCCAACAAAUGUAAUGUCUAGCUGCUUAAUGUAUAUCGGGGCAAAGUCGAUGACAGUUAUUGAUCCGAUCCGAAAAAUGGAGCCUACACCCCCCGCCUCGACUCUCUCAAUAUUGAUUAAAAAUUUGUUUUCUUAUUUUUGUUCUUUUUUGUCUUCAUCUUUCUUGCAGGCAGCAGGCAGUUUUUGUCUUUUAGGCGAUUAAGAUUUCAAAACCCUUUCUCGGACUCACAUUUGUCCACAGUUUUUGGAACCAAGAUAAUCGAAAAAUCCAAAAAAAAAAUUUUAAAUUGAAAAAGAAAGCAAAGUCAAACCCGAAAAAUUCCCCAAAAACAGAAACCAAUUGCAUAGAGCUGAUGAACUCAAGCGAACUACUCCGCCCCCCUUCCUCAGUAUGAGAUGCACUAAUCCCUCUUCCCAAUUCUAGGCAAGUCCACGGAUUCGAAAAUUCCCUACCUUUCGCAGCCCCUGUACGACCUGAAGCAGACGGGCGAUGUCAAGUUCGGGCCAGGCACACGCUCCGCCCUGCUGGGCCUCCUCGGCGGCGCUCUGCCCAAGCUCUCAUCGGAGCAGCACGACCUGGUCAGCAAGGCCAAGAAGUAUGCCAUGGAGCAGAGCAUCAAGAUGGUGCUGAUGAAGCAGACCCUGGCCCACCAGCAGCAGCAGCUGGCCACCCAGCGCACCCAGGUGCAGCGCCAGCAGGCACUCGCUUUAAUGUGCAGAGUCUACGUGGGCAGUAUUUCCUUUGAGCUCAAAGAGGACACCAUCCGGGUGGCCUUCACCCCGUUUGGACCCAUCAAGUCCAUCAAUAUGUCGUGGGAUCCCAUCACCCAAAAGCACAAGGGCUUUGCCUUCGUGGAGUACGAAAUACCCGAGGGCGCUCAGUUGGCGCUGGAGCAGAUGAACGGAGCCUUGAUGGGCGGCAGGAACAUCAAGGUGGGACGACCCAGCAACAUGCCACAGGCUCAGCAGGUCAUUGACGAGGUACAGGAGGAGGCCAAGAGCUUUAACCGCAUCUACGUGGCGUCCAUACAUCCGGAUCUGUCCGAGGAGGACAUCAAGAGCGUCUUUGAGGCCUUCGGGCCGAUCCUAUACUGCAAACUGGCCCAGGGCACAUCCCUGCACACGCACAAGGGCUACGGCUUCAUCGAGUAUGCCAACAAGCAGGCCAUGGACGAGGCCAUAGCCAGCAUGAAUCUCUUUGAUUUGGGCGGACAGCUAUUGCGAGUUGGUCGCUCCAUUACGCCGCCAAACGCCCUGGCCUGUCCCACAACAAACUCCACAAUGCCCACAGCCGCUGCGGUGGCUGCUGCAGCGGCCACAGCCAAGAUCCAGGCCUUGGAUGCGGUGGCCAGCAAUGCGGUGCUGGGUCUGUCGCAGAACACACCCGCCCUGGCAGCCGGAGCGGUGGUCACCAAGGUGGGUGCUAUGCCAGUAGUUUCGGCUGCCACAUCAGCGGCUGCCCUGCAUCCCGCGCUGGCCGUUCAGGCAGCUCCAGCGGCGGCCCUCCUGCCGCCGGGCAUUUUCCAGGCACCCUCCGCCGUGGCACCCAGCUUGCUGGGAGUGCCCGCCGGCCUGCAGCCUCUCCAGGCGGUGGCACCCACUCUCCCGCCACCCGCUCUGCUUGCCACACCCACGCUGCCCAUGACUGCAGUGGCUGGCGGCGGGGUUGGAGCAGUCGGCAUUCUGCCCACAUCAGUGGCCGCUUUGGCCGCCACGGCGGAGGUCAGCAAUGGGGCCACGGCCGCAGCUCUCUCGGCAGCUGCCAACAAUGCCGCCGUGACAGCGGCCAGUCUCUCGGAGAACAUCAAGAAGGCGCACGAGAAGCAGCAGGAGGAGCUGCAGAAGAAGCUGAUGGACGAGGGCGAUGUGCAGACACUGCAGCAGCAGGAGACCAUGUCCAUCAAGGGUCAGAGUGCCCGCCAGCUGGUGAUGCAGCGUCUGAUGCGGCCCCAAGACUCGAGGGUGAUCAUCCUGCGGAACAUGGUGGGUCCCGAGGACGUGGACGAGACCCUGCAGGAGGAGAUCCAGGAGGAGUGCAGCAAAUUCGGCACCGUCAGCCGGGUGAUCAUCUUCAAUGAGAAGCAAACGGAGAACGAGGACGACGACGAGGCGGAGAUCAUUGUAAAGAUAUUCGUCGAGUUCUCGGCCGGCGCGGAGGCCCUGCGCGGCAAGGAGGCGCUCCACGGCCGGUUCUUUGGCGGCCGAAGGGUGGUGGCCGAGCUCUACGACCAGGGCAUCUUCGAUCAGGGCGAUCUGUCCGGCUAGAUGGAAGGAGGAGGAUGAGAAUGAGAAAGAAGUCCCGACCCGAGUUCUGUUCUUUUUUACAUAGCACCUAAAGCGAUGAGAAAUCGAUGCACUUUUAUUUAUUAACGCCAGUCCGCAAGCGAGAGACGAACGUUGGCAGCCAGACUACGAUAAAGAUUAUGAUUACGCUGAGAUGAUUGAUGAUGAUUACUCUGCAACGCAGUGAUUUAGAUUUAAAGUGAGUGUGGAGAUCCCUGGGCCCGUAAGGCGGGGGAUUCUUCCAGUGUUUUGAUUUUGUAUUACUUCAUCCCCUGAGACAACACGGAAAUAAUAAUACACUAAGAAAAAACAAGGCCCCAAGCAAUGGAAAGCUAACUGUAUAUUUUACCUUUGAUUAAUUUCAGCGCUUAAAUUACACAAUAAAUAAUAGUUUCCCGAUUAA